AUGGCGACCGCCUUCGACAUCGACCCGUCCCACGCGGUGGCAGUUUCCGCCAAGACGGGGGCGGGGCUGGAUAAGCUGCUGCCCGCGAUCAUCGAGAGGAUCCCUCCGCCCCAGGGGUCCGCGGCGCGCCCCUUCAGGGCGCUGCUGUUUGACGCCUUCCACAACGAGGGGGUCGUGUGCCUGGUGGCGGUGGUGGACGGCGCGCUGUCAGCCGGCGACCGGCUGGUGUCGGCGGCGACGGGGCAGGAGUACGACGCGAACGAGGUUGGCGUGCUCGCGCCGGAGCCGCACCCGACAGGCGCCCUGCUGACCGGGCAGGUGGGUUACGUCAUCACCGGCAUGAAGGAAGUCAAGGCGGCCCGCGUGGGGGACACCUGGCACGCGCGGGGGCGUCCCGCGGAGCCGCUCCCUGGCUUCAAGCCAGUGCGGCCCAUGGUGUUUGCAGGCCUGUACCCGGCGUCAUCGGAUGACUACGAGGACCUGGCUGACGCCAUAGAGCGACUCACACUCAACGACGCCAGCGUGACAGUCAAGAAGGAGAACAGCGACGCGCUCGGGGCGGGGUUCAGGUGCGGCUUCCUGGGCCCGCUGCACUGCGAGGUCUUCCUGCAGCGCUUGGACCAGGAGCACGGCGCAGCGGUCGUCAGCACGCCGCCCACCGUGCCCUACGAGCUGGAGGUGGCGGGGCAGGAGGGGCGGCUGCGGCUGGAGUCGCCGGCGGCCUACCCCAAGAGUGGCAAGGCGCGCUGCAGCUCAGCAUUUCGGAUUCGUAGGCUAGCUGCACGCUGA